CAAGGGGGGAAAAAAACACAGAACAAAAAAAAAAACGCCUCCUUAUCUUUAGCUCCUCUCGUCCAAGGUCUCUGACAGGUUUCGUCGGCCGCCCUCAGUCCCGGCGCCAUUCCUUUGGCUCUGAGGCGCGUUUCGCCGCCAGACCCGCACCCCGGAACUUCUGCGCUGACGCCCCGAGAGCUGCCCGCCCAGGCAAGUGCGACGGAGGCGUCUUAAACAAGAGCUCGCUCAGCAGAGCUCGGAGGGAUAGAAGAGGAACGGUGAACGGCGGCAGCCAAAAAACAAGUGGGUCCAACAGGAGGGGGGGGAGGGGGACACACCGUUUCUGGGUACAGGUGUGUUUGCGAGGAACGUAGAGGAGGGUGAGGGGGGCACCCAGUAGGACAAUACCUGGAGAUUACUGUUUCGGUGUGCCCCCCCACCACCCCCACACUUGGAUCUAUAACAGGACACUAGCCAUGACACCUCUGUGGGUCCUCUUCCUUGGCCUGGUCUCCGGGACGUCAUGCGUGGCGAUGCACGUCUGUUUGGCCAACGGGACCACGCGCUCCUUCUUCUGCGUGGGAAGCAGGGUUAACCAGAUGCCCGCCGUCAUCCCAAAAAACACCAGCUACAUUGAGUUUAAGCUGACACAGCUGAGGUUAAUUCCACGUGCUGCCUUCUCAGAACUGCAUGAGCUUUCCCGAAUCAUGGUGUCGGAGAACGGAGCCUUGGAGGGGAUUGCGGCGCACGCCUUUUCGAACCUAUCAAACCUGGUCGAGAUAACAAUCACCAAAUCAAAAAACCUAGUCUUCAUUGAAAAGGGCGCUUUCUGGAAUCUGUCAAGAUUGAAAUAUCUGACCAUUUCAAACACUGGACUGAAGUCACUGCCUGAUUUCUCCAAGAUUAACUCGGCAGCAAAGGACUUUCUGUUUGACCUUCAGGAUAACGUGAACAUGAAAGUGAUUCAUCCAAACGCUUUCCUGGGUCUCAGUAGUGAAACCAUAAGGGAACUGAGACUCACCAAAAAUGGAAUAACUGAGGUGCUGAAUCACGCUUUCAAUGGCACCAAACUGGACAGACUGUUGCUUAUGGGGAACCAGCAGCUGAGGCAGAUCCACAGUCAGGCGUUCUCAGGAGCGGAAGGCCCCGUUGUUCUGGACGUCUCGCGCACGUCCAUCAGCGUCCUGCCGGAGAACAUUCUGUGGAGGCUGAAGCGGCUAACAGCAGAGUCCGUGUACACCCUGAAGAAGCUGCCCAACCUGGACCUGUUCACCCAGCUGAUCGAGGCCAACCUCACCUAUCGGAGCCACUGCUGUGCAUUCGCCAACUCCAAGAAGAACAUGUCAGUGGUGCAUGAGCUAUGCGACAAGCCCAAUAUCAAGCAGGAAGAGCCCCAGUGGCACUUGGAGCACUGCACCAUAGAGGUUUCCUGCCACCCCAAACCCGAUGCCUUCAACCCCUGCGAGGACAUCAUGGGCUUCACCUACCUGCGCGUGCUCAUCUGGAUCAUCAGCGUGCUGGCCAUCGUGGGGAACUCCGUGGUCCUGCUGGUUCUGAUCACCAGCCACUACAAGCUGACCGUGCCCCGCUUCCUCAUGUGCCACCUGGCCUUCGCGGACCUCUGCAUGGGCGUCUACCUGUUUGUCAUCGCCUGCGUGGACAUCCACACCAAGUCGCGCUACUACAACUACGGCAUCGACUGGCAGACGGGGCCCGGGUGUGGGGCGGCGGGCUUCUUCACCGUCUUCGCCAGCGAACUGUCGGUCUACACGCUCACCAUGAUCACCCUGGAGCGCUGGCACACCAUCACCUUCGCCAUGCAGCUGGACCGGAAGUUCCGCCUCCGGCACGCAUGCGCCGUCAUGGCGGGCGGCUGGCUCUUUGCCUCGAUGGCCGCCCUGCUGCCCACGGCCGGCGUCAGCAGCUACAUGAAGGUGAGCAUCUGCCUGCCCAUGGACGUGGAGACGCCGGUCUCCCAGGCCUACAUCAUCAUCCUGCUGCUCUUCAACGUGCUGGCCUUCCUGGUCAUCUGCGUGUGCUACCUGAGCAUCUACCUGACGGUGCGCAACCCCAGCUUCGUGUCGGCCAAUGCCGACAUGCGCAUCGCCAAGCGCAUGGCCGUGCUCAUCUUCACCGACUUCCUGUGCAUGGCGCCCAUCUCCUUCUUCGCCAUCUCAGCGGCCCUCAAGCUGCCGCUGAUCACCGUGUCACACUCCAAGGUGCUCCUGGUGCUCUUCUACCCCAUAAACUCCUGCUCCAACCCCUUCCUCUAUGCCUUCUUCACCAAGAACUUCAAGAGGGACUUCUUCAUCCUCGCCAGCCACUUCGGCUGCUUCAAGACGCAGGCGCAGAUCUACCGCACCGAGAUCUCCUCCGUCCAGAACGGGGCCUGGGUGCCCACCCCAAAAACCAGCGACGGCACCCUAUACUCUCUGGUGCCCAUCAACAACCCCCACUGACCUCUGACAGCCUUCAGUAAAACCAUGGUCUUUCAUUUGAACUUGUACACACUCAAGGCCCUCCCCCACCCAAAAGAAGGCCGUACAAUACAGGCCUGAUAACUUUGUUGGGUUCUCAAUGCCUCCAACAUGGAUAUUGUUUUCAUAUUAUUUUUUUGGAUGUGGUUUUUAUACAUGCUUUUUCUCCCAUAUUUUCACUCUAGAAUAUGGCAUAUGUACACAGCAUGUCAGUGGAGAUUGCUGGAACUAAAGAGACUUGCCUCAGGGAAGCAUGAGCGUGAACUCUGACCCCUGACAUCUGACCUCGGGAAUUCUCACCUGUUUCUUAAUUGAAGAUUUAGCAAUUCUCUGCUUUUGGAGGGGGUUGGUGGUGUGGUGAAAAAACAAGACACAAGUGCAGCAGAUGGUAUCAUAACAAGCCAGGUUUUCUGUCUCCAUGGUAACUCUUGUGAAGCAGUUUUCCAGCCAUGUCUGAAGGAAAAGGAGAAAUGCUGCUGUGCUAUUUUACCUACUGCUGCCUCACUCCCCAUGUCUAGCCCAUGUGACCCCCCCACUCCCCCCACCAACCCCCCAGUUUAUCUGAUGCUGUUCAUCUUUACGUGAAAUGACAAUAUUUUCGCAGCACUCUUGAGUUUAAAGGCAGAACAAGUGACACAGCCUUCACCUGUCCAGAUAAUGAACUUUUUCUACAUACCGUAAGUCUACAUCAGGGAUCCUUAAAAUGCUUAUACUAUGUUGGGGCACAUUAUUCUUUAUCUGUUGUGUGGAUGUUUUAUUGCGUAGAUUUUGUGUAGAUUUAAGAACUUUAUAGUUAAUUCAGUCGUUAAAUAUGUUUUGUUGAAAUUUGGUAAUUUCUUCUUCGACACCUUGACCCUUCCCCCUCACAGGUUCCAGGCAAAAACAAUAAACUAAAACAACAAGCUAAAACAAGGACAAAAGAAAGUAAGAUGGUGUGACCACUUUCCCGGAGAAGAAAAAGGCAUUAGGCUUGGAUGUGCAGUGCCAAAUAAACAUAUUGUGGCAAGGUUAUUCCCCCUGAGAAAUUGCAAAGAAGCUUAAGAUUUCCAGGUGCAAUGGUCAGUAUACUCUCAGAAGGGUCCAACUGAUGGGCAGUGAUGUUAACAGGAGAAGACCAGGAAGAUUAAGAGGCAGUAGACACAUAUCUUGUGAUGUCUAGCAAAAGAAACCGUUGUAAAAUUUUACCACAAUUCCAGGAAAAAUUCAAUGCAGCUAGAGAGAAACCAGUUCCCCUGACUAUAGUGAAACGGCAACUAUGAUUUGCAGGUCUGAAAGGAUGUCUAUCUGCCUUUUGCAAAUCUUUUUGAUCCAGUGUUUAUGGUGCCUGGCCCACUGAAGUCUUUUCUUCUUGUUAACAAUACAUAGCAAGGGUUUUUUUUUCCGCAGAUACACAUUAUUUUAGACCAGCAGAUUGUAGUUGCCAUUUCACUGUAGAGAGAAGUGGUUUCUACCUAGUUGCCUCCCCUUCACAAGCAUCAAAGCAAAUGUGAUUGGGGCAAUUUUAAAUUCCACUGAUACCCUAAUCUAGGCUGACAAUCUAUGGGUUUCACCUCCUCCGAAAAGACAAACCAUAUGACACAGGACACCAUAUCGGGGGUUGGAGACCCUACAUGCCUAACAUUUCCCAUUACUUUUAGUUUGAAUGCAAUAUUUAGGUAGGCCAGUCCUUGUCAUAAAUUAGU